UUACCUCCUGAACACUGUGUGUUCCUAAGCUUAACAAAAUAACAUUUGGAAACACGCCGUGUACACGGUUUUCUUAUGUCACAGAUAAUAUCCAUUACAGGGUGUUGACCACCUUAUGCUCAUUAUUUCAUGCAAACUGGUGUAUACAGACCUGUUAUACAGUAACACCAGCCAAAAUAUUAUUGUAUGCUAGAGCUGCUCGAGGCAGAUAUGAUUCCCAAUCUUGAAAACCAAGGCCAAGAUACUGGAGUGUGACGGGUACGUUUACUUAGAACCUUUCAAAAUAUUUCCCACUGAUCAGUUUGUUGUAGUAGAAAGAAGUGGUACAGACAAUGCAUUGACAGAGACAGAGGGGCCAACGAGCACUGCGUCCGACCAUCCCUCCCCCUCUGUUACCCCCCUGUCAAACAUGUGUACCACUCCUAGCAACGUGGCGACAGGAUUUGGGUAUACCUGGUCCUUUGGCGGACCUGGUGCUGAAACCCGAGAAAAUACACAGGGUGAACUUACAACAAAUAUUAAUUACGCAGUGAAUAAUAAUCAAGAUCAAGGUUCCAGUCAGAAAAUACAGGUUGACAUUAAACCACCUAAAAUUACCAAUAGUACUCAUCGUAGACCAAUGUUCACCAUGAACGAAACAUGUCAACAGACCCCUACGACGCAUCAUGGUCAUACAACUGGAGCUCAUAAUCAAACCCAUGGCACACAUGUCCGUAUCAAAAAGCAUGAUGUAUUUUCAUUAACAUGUGACAAGGGUGGUUGCAACUGUGAUGCAGCGCAUCCGACACCGACACCCUCAUUGUUUUCAAAUACUUUAGUUUUUACCACAGCUGAUAAGCAUGCCAUGAGUAAGCAUUUUAUGACACCCCUUGGACCACUACAACUUACAGCAGAAGAGUGCAAUGAAAUUUUAAUGAAGAGAGCAGCAGCUGCCUCGAAUCAAGCCAAUGCAAAUAAUGUGGUAACAAGUCAAACGGACAGCACUGCUCAUUUUGGACACGUUUUAACACACGUCAAUGCCACACAAAUUGAAACAAAGGUGAAGACGCAGCAAGAUAUGGGAAGUCAGGUCCGUGUUCCGAAAGAAAGGCCAUACUCUUGUUCGGAAUGUGGGAAGUCGUUUCUCCUCAAACACCACCUUACUACACACGCAAGGGUACACACUGGAGAACGACCUCAUGUUUGUGUACAUUGUGGCAAAAGUUUUGCACACAAACACUGUCUUCAUACUCACCUACUCCUUCACAGUGCAGAUCGACCAUACCAAUGCCGUGAAUGUAAAAAGUCUUUUACAUUAAAGCAUCAUCUUGUAACGCACACAAGAGUACACACAAGGGAUCGGCCAUUCAUUUGUCAAGAGUGUGGGAGAUCAUUUCCUCUAAAACGUCACCUAGUGACUCAUAGUAAAUUCCAUUCAGGAGAGAGACCAUUUGUUUGCGAAGAAUGUGGAGAAUCGUUUUCGCAAAAAGAUCAUCUAACAAUGCAUUCGCGCUUCCAUGGCAGUUUACAUCCAUUUGUUUGUCAUGAUUGCGGAGCAACCUUCCAGAGAAAGUUUGAAUUAGUGAAUCAUGGUCGUCUACAUGGUAGAGUUCCACAUUCGUGUACUGUUUGUGGCAAAGAAUUUCUACAAAAGAGAACACUGUUGGCACAUAUGCGUUUGCAUACGGGAGAAACCCCGUUUGCGUGUACCGUUUGUGGAGAAGCAUUCCCCAGGAAAUCAGACCUUGUUGCCCACUCCAAGAUUCAUAACAAUAACACGACUACUGAUGAGAAACCACUUAUGUGCAGGGAAUGUGGAUUGGACUUCUCGAAUCGAGAAGCCCUUACUUUGCACUUAAGGUUACAUUCUGGUGAUCGAACCCUUGUCACUGAUCUUUGUGGAUUAGCGGCCGCCUUCCAGCAAACUCCUGGACACUUCCUUACACCAAACACCUCAAGCACUCACCAGAUGAAUGGACCCAUUGGAACCCCCGGAGUCAGCCAUAUGCACGGAGCGACGCAAACAUCACCACCAGUGGGAACAGGUCCAAAACCAAAACCACACCUUUGUCCUGAUUGCGGCCGGGGCUUCGCACAGAAACAUGGUUUAUCUCAACAUCAACGGCGCCAUACAGACGGCAGCUGCCACAUAAGAUCGCAUGUGUGUGAUAAAUGUGGUAAAGCCUUCUAUCAGAAGAAUCAUUUGUUACUGCAUCAACGUCAGCACAUGGAUCCACCACCAAGCAUACUCCGCCAACAACAGAGGCAAGCUGCACAAGCUGCUGCUCAACAGGCACAACAACAGCAGCAAGCGCAGCAGCAACAGGUGCAACAGCAACAAGUGCAACAACAACAAGUGCAACAACAAGUACAACAACAGCAAGUGCAGCAGCAACAGGUGCAACAACAAGUGCAACAGCAACCUCAGCAGCAGCAGCAGCAGCAAACGUGUACAGUUGAUACAAAAACAAUACAACUGCAGGCAAUACAGCAACAAGUGCAACAGCAAGUUCAGCAACAGGUACAACAGGUACAGCAGCAGGUACAACAACAGCAGCAGCAGCAACAACAACAACAACAGCAACAACAAGCGUGCUCUGUGGACACUAAAGCAAUACAGUUAAAUGUCACUAUGUGAGACGAUAUAGAAAGUGGGGACUGGUCGGUCCCUGGAACAAUAGCACUCCCAAAUGCGCACCCUGCUGCCACCCUCUGCACGCACUUCUCUUGUACUA